UAUAUCGUAGUUGCUGUGAUUUGUGGGUUUGAUUGUUUUUGAUUGAGUGGAAUAAAUGGUUGACUUUUUCGAGCGAGUCGGAUCUGAUUUGUCUCGAAGAAUAAAUCUGUCACUUGUGUAGGGGUUGAAGACAGUUAGUGCGUGGUGUGGAUCGAUGUAAUUGAAGAGACUGCAAAUAGUUAGAUUAGACAACUCAAGUGAUAAAACAACUCAUGGAUGCUAUGUCCGAUACUAUGGUGCUAAAACGUAAACACUCCCCUACCCCUCCGGAUUGGGACACGUCAUCCAAUCAGAAUGAUGAACCCGCCUCUCCCUCAUCAAGUGUUGAUGAAGUGUGCAGUCCCGAUGAGUCAACGAAGCCAAAGAAAAAGAAAAAGAAGCGUGUGAACUUCAAUGGUGUUACUGUUUAUUACUUCCAGAGAUCACAAGGGUUUACGUGUGUACCAAGUCAAGGAGGGUCCACACUCGGAAUGGAACAUAUUCAUGAUUUUGAAGAAAAUUACACUUUAAAUGGCUUUGCAUUGGAACAAGAUCGGCAACAUCGGCAACUUCUGAGGGAACAACUCUUGGAAAGAAAACAAAGACAAAUGCUUGAAAAUGGUAACCAUAACCUUGUUGAUAAGAACAUCCACGAAAUUGACGCUGAAAAAGAACUUCAAAAGAUUAAUGUAGAAGAAUACUACUUUUUACAGCCAGUAACAACAAAGAGGAGAAGGUUAAUGCUAAGGUCAGCUGGUGUGACAAAAAUUGAAAGCUGGGAAAAAUCUGAAUUGAAGAAGAUUCGUUUGUCUCGUGAAAAAUGUGGUUGUGAUUGUAAAUCUUUUUGUAAUCCAUCAACGUGUGCAUGCAGUUUAGCAGGAAUAAAGUGUCAAGUAGAUCGGUUAUCCUUUCCUUGUGGUUGUAGUAAGGAUGGGUGUGGUAAUAAAACUGGCCGAGUAGAAUUCAACCCAGUGAAAGUAAGGACUCACUUUCUGCAUACGCUGAUGCGUCUAGAGAUUGAAAACGGAAAGGAUAAUGUACUUAGUGGCAAGUCAUUGAAAGACGAUGAGAAUUCAGCAAGCUACACAAAGUUGGAAAACUCAGUUUGCUUAGAUGAAAGUUCUGACCGUGUCCUAGAUCACGGCCAAUGUAAAGAGUGCGACUCUAUACCGUAUACAGACUACACUGAUCAAUACACAAGUAAUCACUAUUUGAAUGGACAGAAUAAACCAGGUCUGCAGGGUCAGUUCUUGCAGGAACUUGACUCUGCUGGCAUGUACUCCCAGGCUAUUGGAACUUCAAUGAGCUUCAACUGUAGUAAUCCAGAAAUGCCUCUUGACCUGCAGUCACAAAGUAAUUCUAAUAACCACUUACCUUGUGUAGUUACUUAUGACGAAUCUAAUCACAGUACCUUGAACUCACCUGCCAACCUUUCGUGCAAUGUUCCUCUUUCGGUUAUGAGUGGGUAUGAAAGUAGCACAACAGAGGAGAGCCUAAGCUCUGAAUCAGAAUGUGACUCUCCGUAUAUGAACACAUCAAUCUCUCUUGAAAAUACAGGAUUUGAUUCAACUUCCACAAAGAGCAUUGAUAAUGGUAUUUUUCAAACACCAGAUUCAUCCCCAGACCAGCAAUACACAAAGCUGAUGCCACUUGACCUUUCACAUACUCUAGAUGACUACGAGCCUGUGGAUGACACCCCCACCUAUACACAAUUAAACACAAGCUCCCGCACAUGUUCUGUAAGUUUUUGUUCACAGGUUUCUGAUACACAACCCAUGAGCACUCAAGCUUCACUAAUAUACACUGAUUUCGCUAAUGAUUGUAAUCACUUGCCAUUCUCCACAAAUACCUGCAAAACUGAAAGCAUGUCUACGCAAAAUUUGAGUACAAUUGUCACAUGUAGCCUUGAUGAACAAUCUGAUCUCUUCAGCGACUACACUUCUGACAGUGACCAUCAUACCGUUAGUACAAAAAACAACAAUUGUAUGCCACCGAUGAACCAUAAUAAACCACCGGUUGAAUUAGAAGAAAACACGGUGGAAUAUUUUCAUGUAACUGCUCUUUCAAGUGGACCAGAUGAAGAUGGCCAACUGGAUGCUUCAGAAAAUAAUGUUUGUGGAGAACCUCAUGAAUUUAGAGAUAUGACUCCUGCAUCAUCUGAUGUGGAAUUAGAGAAAUGUCUUGUCAAUGAAGAAAUUCCAGAAAUAUGUCUGCCAUCUGAUGGCAAACUUAAUCAUUUACCAGAUGAAACUUUGAACAGCUGUCAUCUAAAAGAAAGAAUAUCUGACUUGAUGCCUCUGUCGAAAGAGGCAAAAGACUGUCUUUUACCGGAUAGAACUGAGAAAGAAAGUUUAUUAACUGGGGAAAAUAAUAAAAUUGCUUCAUGUUGUGUUGAACCUGUAGAAGAUGUUCAUCCAUUUAAAAGACUAUCCCAGAAGCCACAAGCAUGUCAGCAAAUGGAGGAAAUAAAUGAACCAUGUUUGCCAUCUGGUGGACCAGCUGCUGAAGAGUCAUUUUCACAGGGAGAAUCACUUGAAAAAUAUGUUCUUGCAAAGGAUUCUGACGUGACUGUCCUGCCAGACAAGUCAGUUGAAGACUCUUCAGAUGGAAACAGUAAUCAAUAUCUACCGAAUACCCAACUUUUAAAAAUGUGUCAGCAGUCACCUGAUGGCACUGUAGAUGGCUGUCAGUUAUAUGAUGACGCAAACGUAAAAACCAUGGUAAAUGAGUCGGAAAAUGAAAAUUGCGUGGCUGUGAAUGAAGCAUUAGAAAAAUUUGAUGGAGAAUUAGAAGAGAAAGUUUCACUUGGCACACAAUUAGAAGUGGCAGCUGAGGUUAUAAAUGAAGAACAAGAAAAAGUGUUGACAAAGCCAAAUGAAACAAUGGUUGACUGUUUAAGCAACGAUGAAACAGAAUUUAAAACUGAGCAAUCUGGCAGAGCAAUUGAUGGCUUUAUAUCAUCUAAGAUUAGUCUGAAUGAAAGUUCAUCAGCAGGUGAGUUAUCGGAUGAAAUCCUUCCUUUAAAGGACUGUCAGAGCACAAGCAUUGUACUCCAGGAGAGUGCUAUAGCAGAGGUAGAGGUAGCGAAAACUAUUGAUGAACUUGAGGCAGAUGAUUAUAUUGCGCCUGCUUUGGACAAUGUCACAUCAGCAGAAAUAACUGGAGAGAAUCUGCCAUCAGAAGAAAUAGAAAAAGAAUCUCAACUAUCAAACAAAGAACUAGAUUUUGUGUCAACACUUAAAGAAUCAGUUGAAAAGAAUCAGGAUUUUACAUACACUGCAAAAAGUGCUAUAUCAGAGGCAUUGUGAACAUGUUUCUACUAAUGUAUAUGUAAUCUACAAUCCGAAACAAAUCAUCCAUUAUUCUCAAUGGAAACCGAGAACAUGUAAUUGGAUGUGCAAACUAGUCGUAUGUUAGCAUUGCAAACAAGCCCAUUGAUAUAUGUAUAACAGUACUGUAUGGUCACACAUCUGUAGCAUUAUUGUACACCAAAUGUUUUUUUUUUGUCAAUAUGUAUUCCAAAGUAUUAAUCUAGCAGUUGAUAAACCAAAUUUAGAUUUUGAUUUAAUUUGUGACCAUAGCAAUCAAAAAACUAAUUUCAGUUUAAAUAAAUCAUUCUCAUAAUUUCUAAUACUGACCUGUUAAGAUGAGCAGGCAUUGCGUCCGCCAACGAAUCUACUUCCGAUCUCUGUGAGCACUUGGCGAUACAGCGGUCUGCUGUUUUUCAGUGACAGUGUGAGCGGUUCAACAUAAAUAACCAUCCCUUGCACAUGAAUCAUCCUGCUGCAGUUUCCGUGAAACCGUGUUGGUUGAUGGCUAUUGGCGUAGUGUGCCCUGCUGUUGUUCUUGCACAAUGGUUGUUGGUUGUUGUAGUAAUACACUGAACCAUACUAGUUCAGUGCCUUAUUAUGUAUAAGGUACUGUAUUGUGUACCAGGGGCGGAUCCAGAAUUUUUCAAAUGGAGGGCACAACAUAUUCAGAGAGCGCUAAUUUCAAUAUGUGCCUUGAAAUUAUAAAAUGUUGCGGCAAAACGGGGGAGAGGGACACGUUGUGUCUCCCCCCCCCCCUUACUGGAUCUGCCCCUGGUGUACAUAAGUGCUGUUGACGUUAUAAGCUCUAAUUUCAGUUGUUAUUGGUUUUAUUUUUUACAUCUUGCCAGCAAUACUGUAUAUUUACAAACUUGAUUGCAGUUGAUGCAUAUUUUUGCCAAAGGCUGUCUAUAUGAUAAACUGAAAUAUUUAUUUAUAUUUCAUUCGGCUGAUAUCAUUAUAUUGUUAGGCUUCCUUUUUCCUUUCCUUUUCUUUUUUCCCUGUUAAUCUGUUAAUUUUCAUGCUCACUAAUGUAAAGCUAAUACAUUUCAUGCUUUACAAAUGCAGCACUAUUAUUUUCAGAUGCCUGGUCAUAUUUCAGGUUUUAAAUUUAAUUUCUCCUUCAUGUACAAUUACAGUUUAUCCACGGUUCACAAAAUAGGUAGAAAUACAUUAUGUCCAGAAAAAUACAAGAAUCAUUUAUUUCUGAGUAUAGAAAUGAAAAAUCUAUAGCCUACUAAAAUUGGCACAUUAAAAAUUCCCUUCAGAAAAAAACAUGGUUUUUUUUGUUGUGUGGGGAGGGGUGUGUGUAAGGAACCCUUUGUGACCGUUCAGUUAUAAAACAUUUUUUGUGUCACCCAAAGUCAAGGAAUUCACAGAAUGCUGGAAUCAUGGAAUUGAUGAAAUAAUGUAGUUGAUUAAAUACAGAAAUCAUGGGGACAUUUAUGUAAAAUGUAGAAAUGAGUGUACCUCACUCGCCUCUGCUCUUUUCAUGUAUGCAAGACGGUAUUCAUAAAUCUGUGAUGUGGGGGGGAAGUAAGAAUUUCCUGUUUUUCACCUAUUAUUACAUAUGAAUUUUUCAGUAUGUGUAGUUAUUCUGAAGAUGAUUUUUAUGCUCUAAUUUCUGGCUUGUGAAAAUUCAGACAGAAUUUUUUUUUUUCUUUUUGUGGAAUGUCUUGUAUUAUUGUCUCUGAUGCUAAUUACCUGAAUCUGUAAAUACUACCCUCCUUGGUGGUUAAUUAUGUAUCUAUUAUUGAUCUGGCAAAUGUUCCAUUGCUUUUUGUGACCACCAAUCAAAAUACAGUAAACGAGAGAAAAAUAUUUUAUUGAAUGAAAAUAGAGUACUGAAAUAUUAAAACAAAAAUCAUGUCUGCUCUUUAUACUUGGACCAAUAAGUUUGAAAGUCCCUUUUGGGAUUUGAUGUUUUUAUCACAGUUAUUUGUUAAUUGGACUUUCAAUAACAUACUGUAAACAACCCACCAUCUAUUAUUUGCUAAAUUUAAUUUUUUUUUUUCCUUUUGUAUCGUAUUUGGACUGGUCGGUGUACUACCAUGUUAAAAUGUGACAUUUCAUGUCCCAUAUUUACUGAGAAAAGGUAGGAUAUUGAAAUGUCAUGUAUUCCUUGAAGUAAAGGAAGCUCCUGCCAAAUUUGCUGUUUAUGAAGAAAUUUUCAUAUAUUUUCAGACAUUUUUUAAAACAAAAGUAGGCACUUUUAAUGAUCUAUACAAGUUUAUAGCACAUUUUCUCUGCCUUAGCACAGUGUGUGACAAGCCAAAUUCUUAUUUUAGUUUUCAUUUAUUUAUUAUUAUUAUAUAAUAAAAACCUGGGAAUGUCUACAAGAGUCAGCUUAGUCUGAUCAGACUAUGGUGGAAUAAAUAUGAUGAAAUAAUUGAGCAACUUCAGUUUGUUUGAUAAAAUCUGAAACAGGCAUUCAGGUUAAAUCUUUGAACAUAAUAUGUGCCAUGUCAAAAGACAGUUGUAUGCCCAUUUACAGUCGUGAUAUGCCUAGAUAUGGUCAUGAUAUGCCUAUAUAUGGUCUUGAUGGGAUGUCGUCAUGACCAUAUUUAGGCAUUGCUCUACUUCAUCAAAGUCUGAUCAAACAUUUUUAGUCUGACAGACAAAUAUCUGCUAGUUUAUGCCUGGCAGACUGAGGAUUUCUAUGUACAUUAUUUAUGUAUAAUAGGCAUGCAAUACGUGGAGUGAAAAAAAGGCUAAAGCUGAUAUAUAUAUCUAUAUACGUAUAUAUUAUCCAGUGAGGUAUUCAUUGUUUGUGUAGUAAUGUAUACAUCAUUUGUGGUAGUAUUAGCAUGUUUGCUUUAUAAUUAAUAUUUAUUGGAAGUGUUGUUUGUUUUUACUACAGUAUAAUUUUAUUUAGAUCAGAGGCAUUUGCUAGUGGUCCCACAGUAAAAGCGAGUCUUUUUUUUUCUUUUAUUAAAUGCAGCUGCAUUUCUUGUAUUAUGAGAUAGGGUUCAAUCGUUGAAAGCAGGCCCACAAUUUAGAUUUGAUGCUAAGUUUAAAUCAUAUUACUUUCGCAGUUUCUGACAGAUUUUUCAAGGAUUUUACAAUAUUAUUAGGAUUUAAUUCUUGGGAUCUAAUAAAUCAAAUGACAUUGCAAGGGGUCAAGAAAUACUUAUGCUUAUAAAAGCACUGUUGUUUUUUUUUUUAUUACAUAUAUCAGAUUAUGUUUUAACAAAAGUCCCAUAAAUAAAUUUAAAGUACAAUGAAAGUAACAACUGAUAGGCCCUACUCCAGUUAAAUUUGUAUUUGUAUUUUUAUUUGGGUUGCUCCAAAACCAUUGUACUUUUUAAAAUUUAUUUACUUAUUAAAACUUUCGUUAUACUGGAUGGCACGCUCAAUGCAAAGGCCCUGGUUUUCGUUGUGGUCCAGUUAUAUAACAUAAAAUACAAAAAUUGAAAAGAAAAAGAAAAGAAAAAUUUAGGUAAAAUUAAACAAAGGACUUGAUUACGAAAAUAGAGGACUUAAUUACAAAAAUAGAGGAGAGACCAAUUAAUUCAGAGCAUUUUUAGUUUUCCAUUUGCUUACUGGAUGGUUUCGUACUUAAGUGAUUAGUAUAGUGAUUGUUGUGGUUACACACUCAAUUCUGUAUUAGUUAUUUCAUUUUGAUAUUUAACACAACUUGAUGGGGAAUGUUUUAGGUUCUGUGUUAAUAGAAACAACCAUAUAUCAACAAAUGUCACCGCUAUCAGUGUAGAGGUUGCAUGCAGGCAAUCUUGUUAAAAAUGAGUAGCAGUAAACACACGGAACAUGGUGUUUCUGAAAGUGUUAGAAGGGACCAGUGAAUAACACCUUGCUUUUGCCUUGAGAAUGUAGAAAUAGAUAUAUCUUAUUGUUUAACAUAGGGACCAUACCCUGCAAAUACCUGUCUUGUUGCAGUGCAUUGUUAACCUAAAUGUUAUAAUUGUCUUUUAUUUACAAUUUGUAAAAAUGUUAAAUCACACCUUUUUAAAUUGAUCUUAUAAAAAAUAAUGUGCUACUAUGUUUUAAUUAAAUUUAUUUAAAUAAUUUAUUAAAGUGCUCAAAAUGGUAAUUACCAUUUUCUCAAAUUUGAAACUAUUUUUUUUUUUAAAGGUGUACAUAAAAAAGUAACUAUUUUUAGUUUAUAGAUGUGUAUUAAAACAUUGCUGCAGAUGUUAAGUACACUCAUUCUACCAACUGGAAUUAAAGUUGUCGUUAUAAAUUAUUUAAAAAAGCUUUGGUAAAACACUUUUAAUAGAAAGAUAUUUUAAAAAAUGUACUAAAAAGUAAUGCAAGCCCAUUAGCUUUGUACAAAAAAAAAACCACAAAAAAAAAAGAUGGAAGUCUAAACUCCCUAGCUCUAAGUAAAACGCAAGUGAAGCUCCCUUUGCUUUUUGUAAAAAGCAAUGGUAGUGUUGUAGUGUAAACAAACUCCUCAGCUUGGUGUAAAAAGCAGUGAAAAUGUAAGCUAAUUCUUCAGCUUUGUGUAAAAAGAAUUUUGACGUUUAAUCAUGUGCUCGUUUUUGUUUGUGGCAUUGUCAUAGUAACUAUAAUAAGAAACCACCAAUAUGUGUAUGAAUUCUUUCCAGCUGUUUUGUUAAUAUUAAUUGAAGUUUAGGUUUGUUUGGGUUCUCCCAUAAACAAAAAGAGUCCCACCAAGGUUUAGGAUAUGGUGCCCAAAAACAGCAUUCUCAUAAACAAAUGUAUUUUGAAUUGUUUAUUUAAAAAUUGUUUACGAAGAACAACAAAAUGCGAAUGGGAGCUAAUCUGAAUGGCAAUAGAGAGCUUUCGAUUGCUUGGCGCGUUAAAACGUAAUGACGUCAUUAAAAAUCACCUGCGCAUGAGAGAACAUAUGGGUUCUAGGAUGCAAUUUGAUCAAAUUUAAGUUGUACAGAGAACGUACGACUGUCAAUCACGAGUGAAUCCGUUUAAGCAUCAUAUCAUCGGGCAAAUAGAAAGCUCCUGAUUAUCAAAAGUAUUGGAACAAUUGAAUUAUGUGACAUCUAAAUAUUGUUGAACAUUGCCAAAAUGAAUUAAUGCAAUAUAACAAAUUUACAAUUCAUUUUUAAGUAUUGACAACUCACUAAAAUUACUUCAAUUUGGCAUUGGUCAACAUUUUAAUUUUACUGUGUAUUGGAAGAAAUUUAAAUCUAUUACUCAAGAAAUACAGAGAAAACUGUCAUUGUAACUGUUUAUUGUAAACCAAACAGUUAAUACGUAGUACAUAUAUAAACAAGAAUGAAUGACAAGCAGGUUCCUAAAACUUGUUUAUCACCAAGAUUUUCAAAUACAUAUAUUUUCUUCAAAUAUCAUCAUGUGUAGUGUAUAUCUUUAGUAUGUUUAACAAGCAAAAAUAAACAUUCUUAGUUAAGAUUCCUUUCCCGGUGCUUUUAUUUAUGUAGAAAUAAACAAAAACAGUAACAAUGUAUGCGUGUCAAUUUCUGUUAUUGGAUUCAAAAUUGUAAAGUUUUCCUCCUUUCUAGUCAGAACAGUUGAUAUGCUUUGUGCAAUGAAUGUAAAUAUACAAUGGUGGUUUAAAAGUU